AUGGGGCGAGCGGAGUGCGGGGCCAUGGCCGAGACAGACCCCGGCGAGCGGCGGGCGGCGGGCACCGAGCGGGGCACCGAGCCAUGCACCAAACCGGGCACCGAGCCAUGCACCAAACCGGGCACCGAGCGGGACACUGAGCCAUGCACCAAACCGGGCACCAAACCGGGCACCGAGCGGGGCACUGAGCCAUGCACCAAACCGGGCACCGAGCGGGGCACCGAGCCAUGCACCAAACCGGGCACCAGACCGGGCACCGAGCGGGACACUGAGCCGGGGACCGAGCCGGGGACCAAACCGGGCACCGAGCGGGACACUGCGGAGGGGCCACAGAAGCCUCCCUACUCGUACGUGGCGCUGAUCACCAUGGCCAUCCGAGCCAGCCCCGAGCAGCGGCUGCCCCUGAGCGGUAUCUACGCCUACAUCGCGGAGCGCUUCCCCUUCUACCGCGGCCCCGGCCGCCGCUGGCAGAACAGCAUCCGCCACAACCUCAGCCUCAAUCCCUGCUUCCUACGGCUGCCCCGGGGCCGCGGCCGCGGCGGUGACUGGGCGCUGGACCCGGCUUUCCAGGACAUGUUCCCGGGGGGGAAUUACUGCCGCCGCCGCCGCCGCCGCCGCGACUGCUCCGGCCCGUCCGCAUCGCCCCCGCCGCCCCCCGGGAUCCCCGCGGGCCCCGCCGCCCCCCGGGCCCCGCCGCCCCCCGGGAUCCCCCCGGGCCCCGCCGCCCCCCGGGCCCCGCCGCCCCCCGGGAUCUGCCCGUGCCCCGCCGCUCUGUGGCUCCCGCCGCCCUGCGCCGUGCCCCCGCUGCCCUCCGGCUGCCCUCCGGGGCCCUGGGCAGCGCUGCCGGGCCCCGCCCGGGCCCCCGGGGCCGCCGCUGCCGCUCCCCGCCUGGGCGCUGCGCCCCGACGAGCUGGACACGGGGAGCUGCCGGCUGCCGCCAGGCUGUGCCCCACCUCCAGAUGA